UCUAGUUCAUAUCAGAUGUCAUUUUAGCGCAGCAGUUUUGCUUUAGCAUCGCGUCGCGUCAGUCAAGAAAAUAGAACAGAAUUGAAAAGAAUGCAUUGUAUGUAUCCACAAGAGGACGUUUAUAUAAACAAAUGUGCAAUCAAUAUCUCUUUUAUUUUUAUUGUUGUUUCUGAAAAUUCUUGACAGCAACAUUUAAAAGAAAAUAUCUUUUUGACUUUACGUCUAUUGUUUUCUUUUUUAAUUGUUUUAUUUUUCGUUUCUUACCUACUACUUAUAUCUAUUCAUACAAAAUGCCUCCUCUUAAAUGUAGUGUGAUAACAUGUAAAAGAAAACCGAUAUUAAAAAGACCAAAAACAGGUGAUACUAUGUGCAAAGAGUGUUUUUACUUUUGUUUUGAAGAAGAAAUUCAUUGGACAAUAAUAACAGCAAAGCUGUUCAAAAGGGGAGACAAAGUAGCAAUUGGAGCUUCGGGAGGAAAAGAUUCUACUGUAUUAGCUCAUACUUUGAAACUGUUAAAUGAACGCUAUGAUUAUGGAUUAGAUUUGUAUUUGUUAUCGAUUGAUGAAGGUAUUACUGGAUAUAGAGAUGAUAGUCUUGAAACAGUUAAGCAAAAUAGAGACGAUUAUGGGUUACCUCUUAAAAUCUUAUCAUAUAAAGAUUUGUAUGGUUGGACCAUGGAUGAAAUUGUAGCACAAAUAGGAAAAAAGAAUAAUUGUACUUUUUGUGGGGUGUUUCGUAGACAAGCGUUGGAUAGGGGUGCUGCAUUAAUUGGUGCUAAUAUGAUUGCUACUGGUCAUAAUGCUGAUGAUAUUGCAGAAACUGUUCUAAUGAAUGUUUUGAGAGGAGACAUUGCAAGGCUUUCCAGAUGUACAAACAUUGUUACAGAAGGAGAAGGGACAAUACCAAGAUGCAAGCCUUUAAAAUUCUGUUAUGAGAAAGAAAUUGUUCUUUAUGCUCAUUAUAAAAAUUUAGUAUAUUUUUCAACAGAAUGUACAUAUGCACCUAAUGCAUACAGAGGCUAUACUAGAGAAUUCUUGAAAGAGAUCGAAAAAGUUAGACCAACAGCCAUAUUCGAUAUUAUACAUUCUGGUGAAACAAUGAAAUUCAAAGAGACAGUUAAAUUUCCUACUAGAAGAUAUUGUACUCGAUGUGGAUUUGUAGCAAGUCAGGAAAUAUGCAAAGCUUGUGUUUUACUCGAAGGUUUGAAUACAGGCAAUCCACGAUUGGGUAUAACAAAAUCAAACAAAGCUAAAAGAGCAAUGGGUCUUAAAGUAGCAGAUGGUUCAGAAAAUAAAGGUAAAAGAAGAAAAGAAAAUAAAGAUCCUAAUUAUUUAAGUAAAAGGAAAAUGAAAAGAGAACUUAGAAAAGAAAGAAGAGGACAAUCAAUGUGUGAGGAUGGGGAUACAUUUACUUUUCAAUCAAAAACAGAAAUUACAAAUAAAGAAAAUGCCAAAGAGUCUGUAUUAGAAUUAAUCCCAGAAGGUACUUCAGAAGAUUUAAGUGACUUGAUUUUGCCAUUAGCAUUAUAUUCUAGCGAUGAAGAAUCGGAUGGUAUCAAAGAAAAGAAAAAAGAAAAGUUUGUCAAUAAAAAUCAACGAAAGUCAACUUGUGGAGAAAGCUGUGGAUUAAGUUGUAACACAAAAACUUCAGAGCCCUUGACAACAAUUUUUAAAAAAGGUCAAACUUUUAGGAAAAACGAUUUUCUAAUAAGCUUCGAUUCUUCUGACAAAGAACUAACUAGCACUACAGACAACAAAGAAAAAUCAACAAAUGAUGGUCAAAGUAAUAUAACUAAUGAUGAAAACUAUAAAAAAGCUACUCAGCCAUCAACGUCCAAAAAAGGAAUAGUAGUCAUUGAUAAUGAAGGAGAACAUUUAAAGGAAGAUUUUGUAAAAUCUUUAGAUGAAGACUCAUCAGAGGAAGAAGUAUUUGAUGCUAUCAAAAGGAUCAAAGAACAAAAAAAUAAUGAUAUUGAAUGUGACUGUCCUGAAUGUCAAGGAGAUGAUGAAUUAGGUUCAGGAUUUAUCAAUAUAAAAUUAUUAAAAGAAUUAAUAAAUAUGGAAGAAGUACCCGAAGAAGAACGUCUAAGGAUUAAAUUUAACGGUAAACUUAUUGACAUAGACGCAAUAUGCAAUGAUACUUCUAAAACGAUUAUUAUUGAAUCUGAAGAUGAGUUAGAGGAACAGAUUAAUCCAAGUACAUCAGGUACAAUUGAUGAACAAGCGUCAUUAUUGACAAAAAAUACAGUAAAGCAAGAAUCAUCCAUAAAUUCUUCUACAAAUACAGAAACAGUUUCUGAUGAAGAGCCAAACAUAGUUAAAGCAAAUCCUAAAAGGAAGGGACCGUCAAUAUUGUUGCCAGAAAUGAUGCAUAAAGCUACCAAUAAGUUGGAUUUUUAAAUUGUACUUUUUUAAAUAUUUCUGCAGAAAGAGAAUAAAUAGUUCAUGUUUAUAUUUUUAAAACCUUAAGCUUCUUCAUUGUUUUUAUUUUUUUCAUUUUUUC